GUGUACUGUUAAAAGGAGGGCACAGUAACAGUGAAAGCAACGUUAGAACAGCUACGACACUUCAGGACCGGAGGACAAAAACAUGAUGAAGCUGUUUUGCCUGUUGCUCCUGUUAGCCGGUUCUAUUGCUGCAGUCCAUCUGGACACCUCAGACAGGAGUGAGUACCCCACGCUGCCCUCUGCGGUUCUCACCACAGAGGCCAGCCCAACAGAAGCAAAGUCCCGCUUCGCCAUGCUGGAUGAUGUUCGUCUUUUGGCAAAUGGUCUCCUCCAACUUGGCCAAAGUUUGCGAGAGUUUGUCCAUAAGACAAAAGCCCAAAUAAACGACAUCUUUCAAAAGCUGAACAUUUUCGACCGCUCCUUUUACCAGCUGUCAGUGGUCACUUCAGAAAUCAAAGAAGAAGAGGAACAACUCAAGAAGACCACUAACAUCUUGAAAGCCAACAAUGAAGAGAUUAGAAACCUAUCUUUGGAAAUAAACACUAAGAUCAACAACAUUCUACAGGAGCGCACACAGCUGCAGAGCAAAGUGGGCAGCUUGGAGGAGAGGCUGAAGGGAUUGUCGGAGAGCAUGAUCCCCCCAGACCAGCUCAGCGAAAUCAUAACUCUAAAGGAGGUAAUUGAAGCACAAGACAAAACAAUUACCAACCUUCUAAAAGCAGUGAAGGAGCAGCAUGAUCAGCUGGACCAUCAGAAAAUCAAGAUAAAAAAUCUUGAGGAAAAGCUAAGCUUCAAUAGCUUUCAGCAUACUGUUGAAAAGGCGAAGGAUUCAGACCAAUCAGUCCCUGACCAGUUUGAAUAUCUGCAAAUAAACUCCACUGACCUUCCAGUGGAUUGUAGUGCAUUGUUUACCAGAGGAGAGACAAAGAGUGGAAUCUAUACGAUCAAACCGAACCAAUCAGAGCCUUUUUAUGUUUACUGUGAAAUGAGUUCAGAUCAGGGUUUCACCGUAAUCCAGCACAGGACUGACAGUACAGUGGAUUUUGAUCAAACAUGGGAGAUGUAUGAAAAAGGCUUUGGAGACAUGCAGAAGGACUUCUGGCUGGGUCUAAAGAAAAUACACACCAUCAGCCAGCUGGGAAAUUAUAUCCUCCGAAUUGAUGUGGAGGACUGGAAGGAGGAAAAACACUGGGCCGAAUACAGCUUUUCACUGGAAGGUCCUUCUGAGGACUACACCCUUCAUGUCAGCCACGUGGAAGGUGACCUACCUGAUGCAAUGACCAACCUGACUGGCUCGAGAUUCUCCACAAAAGACAAGAGCAAUGACGGCAUCUGCAGCACUGACUGUGCACGCAAUUGUACAGGUGGAUGGUGGCUGAGUGCAUGCAGCGAAACCAACCUAAAUGGAAAGUAUUUCUCUUUGAGGGCAAAAGGACGGUCUGUGAGAAGGAGGGGUAUUCAGUGGCGGCCUGGAUCCGGGCCUUUAUAUUCUCUCAAGAUGAGCAAAAUCAGCUUACGGCCUUUUCUAGCAACAGAUGACGUAAACUAACCUCCCAUCCCUCACAUUUUCAUACUCUUUCACUGUUCUAGGUCCUGACAUAAAUACCAAGAUUCAAAUAUACAACAGAAAAAGCAAUAAGAUUGUUUUUAUUUUUACUCAAAACAGAAUAUUGUUGCCCUAUUAAACUUUUGCAUGAUGAUAUGUCAUAAGUCGGACUUACAGAUGUGAUGCAAUUGGUGCAAUCAUGACAUGUAGGUUGUUAACCUAUUGGAUCUGAUUCACCAAGGACACUAGAACAGUUAUUACACAACAUCUGCAAUCAGUGGACCUAUUGAUUCCCAUUGCAGCCUGAUUCUAUACCAGAUAGCAGAAGGCUACAUUGGGAUGAACACUUCUGAAUGAAUUACAACUUUAAAACUCAAACCAUAAAAUCAAAAUGUAGAUUAACUGAAACGAUUGAAGUGUAUUUCAUUUUUGUGGUGUGAAACUGUAUUGCAUGUUGUUAGAGGUAAUAGAGAGAAUUAUCAGUCUUUUCACAUAAUGCUUGCAGCUAAUUACAUCUAAGCUUGAAUAUAAAUGUUAUUUACAAUGCUUACUCCUUUAGUUUUCUUUACAGGUAGAGCUUGUAGAUUUUUUUUAUUCCUUUUUUUUUUUACCACCACAACCUCUGAUUUCAAACCGGCUUCACAGGCAUGGUAAAGUUUCAUCAGCGAUCUAAUGAUAAUUCAAACUUUGUUAGUGCACUGAUUAUCUUCAUCGAUGUCUGGUCAGUUUUUUUUUAUUAUUCUGUAUAGUAUUUAAGCCAUGUUCAUGCUAUAAUGAUUAAUGCUGGCAUUGUUAGAUAACAUUGGGUGUUUGUGUCUCCACUGUUAUUGAGUCAUAUUGACUUUUGUCUUUGGUGCAGCACAAAUUUCUGUUUAUUUAAAUGUGUGUCAUACUAACUGUCAUCCUGGCAAAACUCUUUGUAUGCUAUCC